CCAGCCAGAUACAAUACAGCAACAAGAAAGAUUCUUUCCCCCCCUCCAGCCCCUGCCAUCGGGUCCGCCGGCGGCGAGCGAGCCACAAUGGCGGCCUCCCCCAUCGACUCCGCCUGGGAGUCCCUGAUCGGCAACUUCAGCGAGUUCCAGCUGGCCAGCGUCGUGACCUUCGUCCUGCACGAGAGCGUCUUCUUCCUCUCCGGCAUCCCGUCCCUCCUCUUCGAGCGAUUCGGACUCUUCGCCAAGUACAAGAUCCAGAAGAAAAGCAACACCCCUGAUUACCAGAACAGAUGCGUACUGCGUCUCAUUCUCUACCAUGUCUGCGUGAACUUGCCCGUCAUGAUUCUCUCAUACCCCGCCUUUAAGUUCAUGGGGCUGAGGAGCUCUCUUCCUCUGCCACACUGGACGGUCGUUGUAUCUCAAAUUCUUUUCUAUUUUGUCCUCGAGGAUUUCAUAUUCUAUUGGGGGCACAGGGCUCUCCAUACCAAAUGGCUGUACAAGCAUGUCCACAGUGUACACCACGAAUAUGCUACACCAUUCGGCUUAACUUCGGAAUAUGCGCACCCAGCCGAAAUUUUGUUUCUCGGAUUCGCCACAAUUGUUGGUCCUGCCCUGACUGGCCCUCACUUGUUCACCCUAUGGUUGUGGAUGGUGUUGAGGGUGUUAGAGACAGUUGAAGCUCACAGUGGAUACCAUUUCCCAUGGAGCCCAUCGAAUUUCCUGCCACUGUAUGGAGGCUCUGACUUCCAUGACUACCAUCAUCGUUUGCUCUACACAAAGUCUGGGAACUACGCCUCUACUUUUGUUUACAUGGACUGGUUGUUUGGCACGGACAAAGGUUACCGCAAGAUUAAGGCCAUCGAAGAGGAAGAAAGGAAGCAUUUGUAAAUUGUGAAGCUAGUCUUUUUCUUUUCUUCUCUUGGUCAACUCAUCGAAACUAGUUUUUGAUCUGUUGUAUUAAUUGGUGGUAACAUUGCCUUCAUGGGAGGAGAUAGAUGGAGUUGGUCAAUCCUAGGCACAGUCUGAAGCUCUGUCUUUCUUCUUCCCAUAUUUGCUAUCGUAAUGUGAUCAUGUGUUGUCUAGGCCAACUUAUAUAAUUUGUGAUGAACUAAGUUUGUUGUGUGCUAUU